ACGCGUUUGGAGUACAGGAGCUUGAACCAACCCGUCGUCAGGGUUAUCAUAGAGUCCAGGGUUGUACGUGCGGUUCCAGAGAGAUCCAGGCAAAAGGCAAGAUCCAGCGAGAACAACGCCGAACAAGAUUGGAGUUCUCUUUUUCAGACCAAGAAAAAAAAACAGAGUUCGAUUUCUUCGCCCUGCGCCGUCUUGGCGAACCCAUCGGUACCAUCGGAUAACGCCACCCUCUGCUGACGGUUUUUACGCGCAUUCCGUGGACGGGGGACCACAGCGACUCCAGCGAGUGACAGCUGUCGCGCGCCCCCAGGAACUUGGGAACCCCUGACGGGUACAGCAAGGCCGGGCCCAGAAAAGUCGUCCGUUCUUCAGGAACACGCAAACUCACGCCCGACUUCCGUUCCCGUCCCUUCCCGUAGAUCCUAUCCCAUAACAUCAGAGUAAGACCCCUUUUUCCCUACCUACCUACAUUGUUUCACUCUAUUACUAUUCUAAUGCUUCAUUCUGGUAUAUGAGGCUUCAUUCCCACCUUUUAUAAGCUCUUUGAUAUCCUCGUUGCGAGGUAGUCUGUAUCCCCCGUCGUCUUUUUGACUGUUUUGGUUCUUUCACCGCCCAAAAAAGUUAUAAGCGAGAAGCGAGACAAUCCCAUACCCAAAACAUCAAUCCCAGCCGAGACGUCGACCUCACUCUGCAGAGAGCAUUGCAUCCUGCGACCACAAUACAGCAACCAUGUCGGGCCGCACUCUCCCCACCCUCACCAUCGACGAGGUCGAGUCGCACAACUCGGCAAAGUCUUGCUAUGUCACCGUUGGCAGGAAUGUCUACGACGUGACCGACUUCCUCGACUCCCACCCCGGCGGUGCUGAUCUCGUCCUCGACUGGGCCGGCAAGGACAUUGGCGCCAUCCUCAAGGAUGAGGCAUCGCAUACUCACUCCGAGGCCGCAUACGAAGUCCUCGACGAGUCGCUGGUGGGAUAUCUUGCAUCAGGAAACGGCGCUGCGGCGAACGGGACGACGAAGGACGGCGAGAACGGAACAGAACAGCAAUGGGUUCAUCCUCGGACGGGUAUGUCCUGCGAAGAGGACCUCAGCAAGGACACCGACUACAACGCCGAUUACAAGACACAUAAGUUCCUCGACUUGAACAAGCCGCUGUUCAUGCAGAUCUGGAACGGUGGUUUCUCCAAGGAGUUCUACCUCGACCAGGUCCACCGCCCGCGCCACUACAAGGGAGGAGAGUCGGCGCCUUUGUUUGGCAACUUCCUUGAGCCUCUGUCCAAAACGCCGUGGUGGUUGAUCCCGCUAGUCUGGUGGCCGCCCAUCUCGUACGGUGUCUCCGUCGCAUUCCAGGGCUUUGGCAGUGUCGCUCCCGUGGCCGGCUAUUUCGGAUUUGGCCUCGCUUUCUGGACGUUGAUUGAGUACAUUUUGCAUCGCUUCCUGUUCCACCUUGAUUACUACCUCCCUGAUAACCGCGUCGGCAUCACCGCGCACUUCCUCCUUCACGGCAUUCACCACUACCUGCCCAUGGACAGGUACCGCCUCGUCAUGCCGCCCACCCUCUUUGUCGUCCUGGCCGCUCCCUUCUGGAAGUUUGCCCACGCCAUCCUGUUUUACAACUGGUACGCUGCCACUGCCGCCUUCUGCGGUGGUGUCUUUGGCUACACCCUUUACGACAUGACCCACUACUUCCUCCACCACCAGAACUUGCCCGCCUACUACAAGGAGCUCAAGAAGUACCACCUUGCCCACCACUUCCUCGACUACGAGAACGGCUUUGGCGUCACCAGCGCCUUCUGGGACAAGAUCUUUGGUACCGAGCUUGUGUACAACCCCAAGACGAACUAAGUACCACACCUUGGUGGACUUGGUUCGAAUAUAGAACUCUCUUCUUCACACACACAGCCCGACUAGACCUUUGCAAGGCGUCGUUGGGGUACAUACUUAUAUGAAACAACCAUAUUUUAAUGAAAGAAAGAAGGAAAAACAGAGUAUGUACAUAGAAUAGGAUGCAUGAAGUAUUGACGCCGCACGCAGGCACGGGGUGGGCAGGACAUCUCAAAUCACGGGUUAGGCAGCUGGGGAAACACAGACAAAAGUCAAUGGGAAGGGGUUUUUGCUUCGGUUUGGGCUGGUCGGCCGGUUGAUAGGUAAAGGGGAUGGGGCGUCUAGUAGCUGUUAGGUUUGGCUGGACUGGACUGCGGUGGCAGCAAGGGGGAAUUAUCAUGGGUAUAUGUUGCUUCUUUCUGGUCGUUGGUCAAUACCCCCUAAUGUUAAUAUGAAUGACUCGCAACUAAGGUUACUGGAAAUACGCCAUUCAAAGCAGUGUCUAUUAUGAGUGUUGAUAGUUGAUGCAUAUUGCUGUUGGCAGGUUCAGGGGUAGUUUGGUUGAGAAUGUGCACUUUGUUGGCUGGACUUAUCGCUACAGGAAAACUACCGAGCCUCACCGUG